AUGGACUAUCAGCAGAAACUGGCAGAGAGACUGGUCCUGCUGAAUGAAAGAGGCAGCGGUGUUCUCGUCCGCAUGAACCACAUUAAGAAGACGUGUGCAGAUCCCAGACUGCGGCCGUCUGUUCUGACGGAGAAGACGAUGGAGGCGGCCGUCAAACACAUCAAUAAGAAGUUUCCAAACAUUGACUUCAGAGGCAGCGUGCAAAGUCUGACGAGUAUCCAGCGACAGAAGUCUGAGGUGCUGUCGGCCACCGCCGUCUUCUACGACUCGUUCCUCGACGUCAUCGAGUUCAGGGACCAUGUGUAUGAGCUGCUGAACACCAUCGAUGCGUGUCAGUGUUACUUUGAUAUUACCGUUAACUUUGAUUUCACUAAAAACUACUUGGACCUGAUCGUGUCGUACGUCUCUGUGAUCGUGACUCUGUGUCGCCUCGACGACAAGAAGGCUCUGGUCGGAAUGUUCAACUGUGCCCGCGAGAUGACCAGCGGCAGCGGUGAUCCUUCUUAUCCUCGUCUCGCACAGAUGUUUAUGGAAUAUGAAAAUCCCUGGAAAAAACUCACAGAAGAGUUUGGGCCCCACACAAAAUCUGUGUCCUCAGCCCUGGCGUCUCUCGCUGCAGUGUAUCCGCGCAGGAGUCUCUCUGCAGAACAUUGGAGAAACGCACAACUGCUCAGUCUGCUCAACAACUCAGCCUCCAUGAUGGACCCCACUUGCUGCGACACUAUGGCGUGUGAAUACCUGCCCCUGGAGGUGAUGGAGAGGUGGAUUGUGGUGGGCUCCUUGUUGUGUCACAGCAGUCUAAACUCCCAUGAUGCUUUGGGGCUGUGGAAGAUGUCACUUCGCAGCAGUUUGUUCGUGACUCUGACGAGAGACGAGGUCCUGAACGUCCACAAGGUCACGGAGGAACUGUUCGACAGCAUCAAAGGGUACAACAAGCGAGUGGCCGACAUCAGAGAGUGUCGUGAUCAUGUUCUACUGCACAGUGGUGCCGCUCACAGAGAAAAGAGACACUUUCUGAGAGCAGCUCUGAAGGAGUUAUAUCAUGUUCUGGAGGACCAACCUGGACUUCUGGGACCCAAGGCGCUGCUGGUUUUCAUGGCUCUGUCCUUCUCCAGAGACGAGGUCCUGUGGCUCGUCAGACAUUCUGACUCGAUGCCAAAGACCAAGACACCGGAGGAUUUUGUCGACACUCAGAUGGCAGAGUUGUUGUACUACUUCCUGAAACUCCGGGAGCUGAUGGUAAAGUACAGCUCUGUGGUUCAGAGGUACCAUGUGCAGUAUCUGUCCCAGUUUGAUGCUCUGCUUCUCAACGACACUGUACAGUGA